GGGUCAAUGAGUGACAGCAAACCUCGACCACAAGUAAGGAUGCCCGGCCAGCCCCGUCGUUGCCUCCUCCGGCCGGGUCGUCAUGUCCGCCGAAUGGAUGCCCGGCCAGCCCCGACCCGCCCACCUCGAUGGCUUUGAUUACGGUGACUUCGGGUUCGACCCGCUCGAACUGGGCACCGUCCCGGAGAACCUGGAGUGGUUCAAAGAGUCGGAGCUGAUCCAGUGCAGAUGGGCGAUGCUCGCCGUCCCCGGGAUCCUGUUCCCCGAGGCUUUGGGGCUCGGGAACUGGGUGCAGGCGCAAUCGUGGGCGGCUGUGCCGUGCGGUCAGGCGAACUACUUGGGGCAGCCGGUGCCGUGGGGGAUGCUGCCGACGAUACUUGUGAUCGAGUUAUUGUCCAUUGCGCUCGUGGAGCACAGGCGGAGCAUGGAGAAGGACCCGGAGAAGAGGAAGUACCCCGGCGGGGCGUUCGACCCGCUCGGGUUCUUAAAAGACCCAAAAAAGCUCGAGGAGUACAAGCUCAAGGAGAUCAAGAACGGCCGGCUGGCGUUGUUGGCGUUCGUCAGGUUCUGCGUGCAGCAGUCAGCGUACCCGGGGACCAGCCCGCUGGAGAAUUUGGCGGAUCCAUGGCACAAGAACAUCGGGGAUAUUUUUAUCCCGUUCAAUUGAAGUGAACUCCUUCGUAGAUCGGAGUUGGCUUAGUUUUGUUUCAAUCGAACCUUGGAUCUCACCCUGUAAAAUUCACACUGUUACCCCCUUGUCCGGAAAUUGAAAUAGAAAAUGACGAGCUAUGUACCGGCUUGACGAGCUUGUGGCCGCAGCCGGGGCAGUGCGUGGAUCUGGCGCCGAGCUUGGCGUCGAUGAGAUCGGAGCUGCUGAUGGUCGCUGAGGCCAAACCCAUGUUGCUCUGCUGCUGCCGCUGCUCAUCGAGCUCUUCUCCAUAGGAUAUAUGGAGAUGUAAAGAUGGAUGGAUGGAUGGUGGGCGUGCUAUGACGAUGGCGAUGAUGAUGUUCGUUCCCUCAAGCUCUUGAAGUCUUAGUAUGAAACUAUCGAUCACUUUAUGAAGCAACAGGUUCACCCUCCCUCUCAUAUCCCUCUUUAUUUUUUUUUUUUUAAUGAAUGUAAUAAUGGGGU